CCGUUAUUACGGUGGACCUUGAUGACACUUCAGUCUCCCACAAUCCCUCAGCGGCGCAGUGGAGAUCAUGGCUGCGUAUUUAACCCACCAGCAGAAAGUUCUGCGGCUCUAUAAGAAGUCCCUUCGGCACCUGGAGUCCUGGUGCAUCUUCAGGGAUAAGUAUCGUUUCUAUGCCUGCCUCCUGAGAGGACGGUUCGAUGAGAAUAAGGGUGAGAAAGACAUGGUGAAAGCCACCAAGAUGCUGAAAGCUGGAGAAGAGGAGUUCUGGGCUAACCAGCAUCCUCAGCCCUACCUGUUCCCCGACUCACCUGGUGGAACCUCUUACGAGAGAUACGAAUGCUACAAGGUUCCUGAAUGGUGUCUGGACCACUGGCACCCCUCUGAGAAGGCCCAGUACCCUGACUACUUCGCAAAGAGAGAGCAGUGGAAGAAGCUGAGAGCCCAGAGCUGGGAGAGAGAGGUCCAGCAGUUGCAGGAGGAGACUCCAGCUGAUGGUCCCAAAUCCGAGGCUCUUCCUCCAGCCCGCAGGGAGGGCGACCUCCCCCCUCUGUGGUGGCAGUACGUGACCCGUCCCAGAGAGCGCCCCAUGUAAACGGCAUCCACGCAUCGCAAACCACACACAGACACACACACUGCAUCACUCAGUCCUCUCACCCGUGUCCUCAGAGUGCACUCCUGGAUCAGUGUGAUGAAUCGACUCGACCCUGAUCUGUUAGUGUGUUAAAUUAACAGAGUGCUGAGUGAAACAGUCUGUGUGUGUAGUUUAGGUAGCUGGAGAGUCAGUGUGUGUGGCUGAACUGUACAGAGAGAUAAAGUGCACAGUGUGCAAAUCACUAAUAAACCUGUUCCAUACAAGUGA